AUGCCACAACAUCACUAUCGUACAUAUUGCUAUUCAAACGAUACGGAUGAUACUCCGCGAUUUGAAUUUUUCAAGGAUGAAGACAACAAGCAAGCGAUUGUGAAGUUUUUCGGGUUGAUACCGUUGCCGUUGGCACUGAUCUCGUUGGUGCUCGCAGUAUGCUAUGCAAUUUGUUUAUGUGGUGCAAUAAAGGGAAAGCACGGAAAUGCCAAGUACGAUGCGCUGAUACUGAAUCGUACAGUGGGCGAUAUUCUUUGUUGCGUUUCGGCUCUGGUCACCAGUCUCUAUGUGAUCAACACAAUGCAUAUUAAGUGA